AUGUGUGCUCCUCAAGAAUGUACAUAUACAUAUUCCGGUCAUAACAAUGUCGUUUAUAUUGUGACAACGAUCAUUGGAUUAGUCGGCGGUCUGACAAAAGUGUUACAAGUUAUCAUUCCACCAAUAGUUAAAUUUGUGAGGAAAGAAAAGCGACCUAAAGAAGAAGUUGCAGUCGAUCCUCACGACAUAGGAAAUCAGUUAAUAUCAACUCGUUUAUUUGUGGUUUGUCUAUUAGCAGCAUUAUUUAUACUCACUGUUUACACGGCAUUGAUUGAUGUUACAGUAACACAUACGGUCACUUCGCCAUCAUUGGAGCAAUACGAGAAACUGUACAAAAACUAUCCUUUAACACUCUCCUGUCCAUUAUUGCAACAGCGAUUUUGUGUCGCUGAAUUGGAUCAAUUACUCAAACAGUCAUGGCAACGCGGAGUUUUUCUCCUACGAUUACCGAUGGACGGGUCCAGUGUUAUUCCAGUUCUUGAGAGGUCUAUGUCAAAUAUCAAAUGUGAGGAUUAA